AUGUUGUCACUCACAAAUAGAUUGGCAAGCAGCCUGUGCAUAUCGAAACAGGUUAUUCGUGCAAGCCAUAGCCCAUUCACAUCAUUGUCGAUUAGCAGCAGCAACAUCAGCAAUGUCAGCAACAGCAGUCUAUUUACAAAGAUGCCAAGUAUCAACACUCAGUUUGUUAGAACCAUCGUUGCAGCUCCUCAUGAUAUAUCACUAAACAACCUAAGGGAUAACCCAGGUGCCAACAAAAAGAAAGUUAGAGUUGGAAGAGGUAUCGGUUCAGGAAGAGGAAAGACCUCUGGAAGAGGUCAUGGCGGUCAGAAGGCUAGAGCAGGUCACAAUAUACCAAGAGCAUUCGAAGGAGGACAGACACCAUUGUACAAAAGAAUGAGGAAGUAUGGUUUCUCGAACGCAACAUUCACGAGAGUGCUCAAUCCAUUGAACCUCGCUCGUCUGUCAAAGUUGAUCGACGAUGGUCUCAUCAACCCGAACGAAACAAUCACCAUGAAACACUUAUACGAUGCUAAUGCUGUCGGCAGAGUCAAGUUUGGAAUCAAACUGUUGGCCAGUGGAAAGGAGUCAUUUAGACACAAGAUCAACAUCGAGUUGAGCGACUUCUCAGAGGAAGCAAAGAAGUCGAUUGAGUCUCUGGGAGGUAGCGCCACCAAUGUGUAUUACGACCGUGUCGGUCUGCGAUUCUUGCUCAAGCCAGAGAAGUUUGACUUUGUGCCAAAGCGCGCAAGAGUUCCACUCAAGCUGAAGGAGAAGUAUCCCAACCAUCCCACUGGUUACUUGGGCGCGUACUCCACCGAUGGAAGUCCACCAGUCUCUCAAACCGAGAGCGCCUAA